CUCAGCUUUAAUUACCGUCCGCGCGAUCUAGUCUUAUUACUGUCUCGCCGAGAUAACCUCGUCGCUCCACGUUGACACAGUAUACAUGUGUACGCUCGCGUUCGUUUAUCUCGCGACGUAAAUAAGUUUGCAAAUAUCACAACGAGCCUGGCGUCGUCCUCUUGUCGUCGUCUCAGGCCGUUCGAGAACUGUUCGACCUCUGGACACAAACUUGCAAUAGCCUGCGAAAGUUUGUACGAAUUGUGACAUCGAAUUGUGAUUUUUUUGUCGUUUAAGAAUAAGCAGAGGGUAUGUCGAGACGGAUUUUGUACAUCCCAAAGUGAUUCGUAUAUUGAACUUUACGUCACGAAUGAAACCCACGUUAAGUUCGUUUUAGACGAGAGUUUGCAAGGUGUCUGCGUAUCUUGCUGACAGACUAUCCAGCACGACGGACUCCGCCAGAGGAAUGUGAGAGUAAAUUGAUUGCAGAGACGGAAUUCCACCGUUCCAUUGCCACCUAAAUGCACCUGCUCCGUUUAAAUGACCACAAGAUCACGGAUUCGGUUCGGUUUCAGGCCAAUAAGUUGCCGUCGGAUCGUGGAUCAGGUUUUCCAAGAGGACACGCAAGAGACACAAUUGACGCCAGGUCUGCUGCGAUAAUCUGUCAGCCUGUCGCCAGGGCUAUCCGUCGGCUUUGUUUGCUGGACUAAAGUCAAUCGUGCGUCCAGAGUGUCGAACGGUUUGUGCGUUGUUGUCGAAUCCACCGAUUGUUCUACGAUCUUUCCGUCAUCAGCGAUGACCGAGGAAACCGGUAUGGACGUGUCCUACUUGAGCUGUGAUAUAAACGGUACGAGAUACAUUUACAAGCUCGCGCCGCCGUCAACGGACAUCGCGAGGGACUCGGCGUCAAGCGAGGAGCAAACUGCGGUUGACGCUGCCAGGGGCGCCGAGCUGGACGCCGAGGAGGAGCCGAUUUCGCUGUUGUACCUGAACGGGCAGGUGUACGCGAUUAAGAAUGAAAUACUCCAGGAGUUGGACGCCAGUCAGUCGGUGGAGCAGACGAAUUGCCACGAGAAGCCGCUCCCGAAGAACGCGGAGAGCAACGAGAAUGAGUACAUCACCGGGGACAGUCUGGUGGCCGGGAGCCCGUACGGACAGUCCGAGGUGCAAUACCAGGCCGCUACCGAGGAGGCCGGGCAGGACCUCGCCGCGGAGGACGACAACGUUAACGUCGACGACCUCCUGGAAGUCGUGACCGCCUUUAAAUGCAAGAUGUGUACUUAUCUGUCUCAGGACAAGAUGCAGCUGUUCGGUCACAUUCAGAAACUGCACGUAAAUUCUGCUAUCGAUAUUAAAGACCAUCAAUUGACGGACAUUGCGAGCGACGAGGCUGGAAAGGAAAACUUGACAGGCCUGACGAAUCCCGGCCUGAUAGCUGUACACGGGAGCCAACACGUCGAGGGCGGCCAGGCGGAGAAAAGUCCAGUGAAAAUUUCCAAGACCCUAAAUUCGGAGUAUAUGCGCAACAGAAAUAUGAUAGAGACGACGGAGCUAAAUGUCAAGUGUUCCUAUCAGGGCUGCCCGUACAAAUUCGCCUCGGAGGAAAUUAUGCAGCAACAUAUCCUUUGCCACACGGAAUCUGAAACUGGGACGACAUUCAAGUGCAGCGUGUGUCGAGACAUGAAGUUUACAAAGUGGCGUCAGUGUAGCUUGCACUUAUGGAAAAGUCAUCAAAUUGACAUAGGUUUGUUCACCUGCAAAAUUUGCGAGGCCUACAAAAGUGCUACCAUGGUAAAACUCUUGACGCACAUGAGGGUGCACAGUGAUAGCCGCGACUACAAAUGUCCCGAUUGCGGCAAGUGUUUCAAGCAGGCCAGUCAGUUGCGCAAUCACCGUAUAAUGCAUCUGGAUCGCAAAACGUUGGAAGUAACUCGAUGGUACACCUCGAAGAAGUGCGAAAUGUGCGGCAAAACUUAUGCGAACUCGAAAUGUUUAAAAAAUCACAUUCAGGCUGUGCACUCCAAGCUGCGUCCGUACGUGUGUAACGUCUGUGGCCACGCGAGCGCCAAGAAGGCAAUGCUGCAGAUGCAUUUGCGUCAGCACACGGGAGACAAGCCCUUCAGCUGCGAAAUUUGCGAAUACAAAACUGGAGAUCACAAUACCUUACGACGGCAUAUUAUGCAGCACACGGGAUUUCGACCGUACAAAUGCCCACAUUGCUCAUAUACGGCGAUACAGAGCAGCAGUUAUAAAAACCAUUUAAAAUCGAGGCACCCUUUACUGUCUGGCUUAUUCACGUGCGAUCUGUGUUCUUUCAAGACGGUGAAAAAUGAAAGUUACAUCCAACACUUAGGAGAUCAUGAAAAGGGUUUGAUAAAAUCUAAUGCGCAAAAGAAAGACAGCGAGAAUGUCGAGGUCUUUCCCGGCAAUAUUGCGGCAGCGCAAUUAGUUUACAGCUGUUUAGGUGCCUUUUCGAAAGAUGGGGAUACUUUAGAAGCUAAUUUGAUGUCUUCCUCAACGUCCGCUGACGGUACCUCUCAGACAAUCACAAUACAAAUACCGUCGAAACAUCUUCAGGGUUCGUUAUCGACGAGAGAAAGUUUGAACAAAAAUGACUCUACUAUCGAGCAAGAAGACGACGAGACCAUGCAUUGCUUCUUAAAAAUUCCUAGAGAAGAGGAAGAAAGCAUAGACACUGGUGGUAUAACAAUACCUGCAGAACCUGAGGAAAGAAGUAUUAGAACCAUUGAUAUUGAAGAAACAAACAUAACUACCAGUGAUAUUGAAGAAAAAUAUGUGACAAAUAUCGAUAUUGAUUCGUGAGAUUACGCAAGUAAUACAUAAAAUAUGUCGAAUAAUAAAAAUGUCCUCCAAUAUGUUCAAGCAAACAAAUAAUGUAAAACAAUAAAUCAUGAUAUGACGCAAGAUUAUAUAUUCAAAUGACAAACUAAUAAAAAAGAGCUAGUCCUGUAUGAUUUAAUAAUUAAAUUUUUUUACAAGUGAUAAGAUUAAAAUUUUAACAGAAAUUUAUUAAUAUUGUGAUAUUAUUUCUGAAUGUUAUAGAAUUUAAAUUCAGGAAUACCGUUAGAAAGUUAAUUUAAGCUAAAUUGUUAAAGAAUCAUAAAAAUUUGUUAUAAUUUUUACGAAAAAUUACGAUCAUCUUCAUUUUGUAUCGUUCUUGUUAAUCAAAUUAAUAAAAAAAGGUUUAAAAAAAGAA